UCCUUCUAAAAGUCCACCUGACAUGAACACAUACACAAACACCCACCCACCCACACACCCACACACAUGCACACAUACAUUCUAUCCACCCAAAUGUCACAGACCUACAUACAUACAAACAAGAUUUAGGAAAUAACGUAUAGGAUUUUGGGAUAGGUGUACGGACGCGUAAGUGCGUUCGUAUGUGUAUGGGUGUGUGUUGGAGAAAGAGAGACAGUGGGAGAGUGAUUGUAAACACAAAUGUUAAGUUGAAGAAAUUGAUCUGAAUGACAUUCACUUUUACGAAUUUUAUAUUUUAUCAUUACGAUAUUUAUUUUAAUACGUAACAAUACAGGAUAUUUUUGGAAGUAUACGAUAGAAGAGUAUUGAAUGCCAAUGACAAUUAAUCACAUAUACAUUUGUUGAGCAUAAAAGUUGUCGAAAAUGAUAAAUUUCUAUCGGAUAUUUGUUUAAAUUCUAAAGAAAGAAAGGCAGGAAGGAACGUGAGACUUAAAUUCUAGAGUCACGCUUUCAUCAUCAUCAUCAUCACCAUCAUCUAUUCACCUUUCAUACUUGCAGCAGUAGUAGCAGUGAUGAUCUUACGACAUUUGUAUUCACUUGGAUUAAUAUUCAUACAAAAUGAUAACUAUAGGAUUUAAUCAAUAUUCUAAUGACAUAAUCAUAUAUUUUUGCUGAAAUAAUCAUUAUUAUUAUUAUUAUGUCACAUCCACGUGCUUCACAAAUGCUUAUUUCAAAUCAAAGCUUAACGACAAUGGAUACAAACACAAAUGUUACAAAUUCACCUCUUGCUUCAGUGAAUCCAACAGCUGUCCCAUGUGGUCAGUGUAUUAUAACUACAAAUGCACAGAAUCCCUUAAUUGGACAACAGAAUCUAUCAAGUGGUGGUGCGCAUAAGCCUCAAUUGGGUCAGAAUAUUGUAGCAAAUGUAGCAAAACCAUCAGUACAAGCAGUUGUACACGCUACCGGGGUAUCAGCUGUUAUGGAAACUUAUGUCCAUGGAAAUCGUGGAUUAGUUACCCAAUAUCCGAUUGGAUCAAAUACACUACAUGAAAUACAAACAUUACCAAGAGUUAUUGAACAACACCAACACCAACAGCAACAACAACAAUCAUCGUCAUCACAGACUGGAAUUAAUUAUCGACCAGUAUUGAUUGCUAAUACACCAGGAAGUAUAAAUCAGUUGAAAAAUCAUUCAAUCAAUAAUCAUACUAUUGGUAGUAAUAGUUUACCAGGGAAUCAAACUUAUCAAAUGAUUGCCUACCCACGUCAAGCGUUAAAUAUUUUACAACAAACCCAUGGAAAACCUUCGCAUACAAUAUCAUCUGGCAGCACUGGGAAUCAUGUAAUUAAUAAUAAUAAUAUUAGUAAUAAUAAUAAUAAUAGUAAUUUAAUGUUAGCUGGUGUUAUUACACCUGAAUGCUUACAAGUUGAUUCAAGUAAUAAUAAUGCAGCACGUAUAGCACAAUUGUUAGCUCCGGCUGGUACACAUCCUACAGCGAUUACAGCUGGUGCGCAUGUUGGCAGUAAUGCUCAAUUUCUUGUUUAUUAUCCUCAACAUAUGAAUACUGGUAGUGUUAAACUCCAUUCAAUGUCUACUUCUCCGCAUACCCUGUCAUCGACAACUGUUGCCGCCACAGCAUCACCACUUACAACCACAAUAACAAAUACAACACCAUCAACAGUCAAUAGUGGUACCGGUACACCGACUAUUAUUGGUAAUCAUGCAACAUUGAUACCAUGUAAAACAACAAUCAGUACACAAAGUGAAGAAACACAUUCACAUUCACAACAACCUCAAACCGUUUAUUAUGCAUUAGCUACAAAUGAUUUAAUCAGACAACUUAAAUUAAAUCAUCAAACUAUUCAAAUCGAUUCGAGUGCAUCAUCAAGGCAACAGAUUAUUCAAACACCAUCUGGUUUAAUGUUUAUUCAGUAUCCUCAACAACAGCUACAACAACAAGCGCAACAAGCACAACAAGGUCAUACAAGUAGUUCACCGUCCAACAUUGCUUCACAACAACAACAACACCAACAACAUGUACAAAGUGAUAAUACAUUGUCUCGUAAUCAAAUGACAGCUAGUUCACUAACUAAGCAUAAUGCUCAAUUAGGUGUUGUAAAUUGUGGUGCAUCUGCUGUUGGCAUUAUCACUGGUAGUGGGAUUGAUUCAAAUACUCUACCACGACAUUCUACACGAGUAGAACAUGUACAAGGAUCAGGAUUAAUAUGUACAUGUCCUCCUGAAGUACAUCAAGCUAUAUUUGAACAACAAAAGAAACGUCAACAAAAGUCCUUAGAACAGAAUCAACCAACAGCAGUUGUACUUGGGUGUAUACCUACGCUGAAUAAAAUCAAUACUACAAAUAUUGGUAGUAGCGGUACUACUACUAAUACCACUGGUACUAGUGGUACACCACUGGAGACGACAGAGACAGGUACAGGUAGUAUACCACGUAAUUCAACAAAUCAAGUUACUGGAGUACCAAAGGAAAAUGGAUUAGUAGGAAAAAUCUCCCAUGAAGAUGAAUUGGCUAGUCAAAAGAAAAAUCUCCAAUCAUGUCAUCUUACCAAUUGUACACUAAGUGCAACAACAGAUACCUUGAAAAAAUCAACACCUGCUGCAUCACAGAAUCCUGCCAUCAGUGCCAAUACUACUACUACUACAAAUAAUAAUACUAAUUAUCAAUCUCUGGAUGAAACAAAUGAAAAAGAAGCUCAUGUGAAUUACUUGGUAACUUUAUUUCAAGCAUUAAAAAAUUCUGGUGUACAACCAGAUUCAUUUAAAGAAGCUUUUGAUCGUAUUGGUUUACCAGUGAAUAGUACAAAAUUAUCAAUGAAUUCAUUAGAUUUAUCUAACAAAAGACAAGGCCUACUGAAAACGAAACUUUAUCAAAUUGAAGAGAUGCGAAAGUCGGUUAAAUCCUUUCAUCAAUUAUUGAAUGAAUUCAAUAGAAAAUUCACAUGUGAUAUGAAUAAUUGUAAUAAAAUUGUAAUGAAAUUAUCAAAUCACCAACAGAAUUUUAAACAUAAAAAAUGUUUUGAUUCAAGACUUGAAAUAAUUCAAAGCGAACGUCGAAAUUUAGAUCGUUCCUUAGAAGAAAUGCAUGAUAUUAGUUCAGAAUUAAGUGAACAAUUACAUGAUCUUGAAUGUGUUAUUGAACAAACAGGUAAUGAUGUCUUACAACAUCGUUGUCGAAUUACACUACCAUAUGUACAAACUUUGGAGAAUCGUCUGGAUUCGAUUAACUCAGCUGUUGGUGUUGCAUGUGGUCAUUAUCCUGAAAUUCAACAAGUGUUGAACAGUCGUGAAGAAGCUGAGAAGAAAGCUAUCGAAAUUCAAAAAAGAAUUUUGGAUGAUCAGCUAUAUCAGCUGAAAGAUGUAAAUGAAAAAUGUAAACGUAUUAAAGGCACUAUAAUGACUUUAAAACGACUUGCCAUUGUAAAUGUACAAAAUCGUCAACGUUCCAAUUCACCAAGACGUUUCACUCAUCUUGGUGGUUUUGUUAAUCGUGCAGCUGCUGAUCGUGGUAGUAUUGAACGGAGUCGUUUGUAUGCAGCUGUACAGGCUAUUCAACCAGAUUCUGAAAAGAGAUUACAAGCUAUUAAAAAACAAGAAAUGUUAGCUGUUCAAAAACGACGAGUUUUCUCAAAUGAAAAUAUAUCCACCAAUAGACUGUUGUUUACACCACUUAUAGAUCAGAAAUCAUUACAAACAAAAGAAAAUACAGUCGGAGAACCAGAAAAAAUAUCAAUACCAGUUAAAGAAAAUAAAAUACCAACAACAAAUAUCCCACAAACUAUACCAACAGAAGUUAGAGAAGAGAAACGUGCACCACUAGCUCAUUAUUCUGAUGAUUCACUAAGUUCAACAACAACAACAGGUACAAUUGACUCGAUGAAUCAUGAUUACAGCCGAAUAAAUUAUUCAGGUAAAGGUUUCAAUCCAGAAAGUGUAACAUCUAUGGUUGAUGAAAGUAGUGAUAGUACAUUGGAAAAUAUUCAGCCUACAGUAAUUCCAACAAGUAUACUUAAAAGUUCAACUUCUAGUGGUGUACAAAGUUCGAAUUCACCGAAACAACGUAAUCGUAUAGGCAAUCGUGGUACACGAGGUGUUAUGUUCAAUACAACAGUCACUGUAGAUGAUGGUUCUGAAGUGGUACGUUUAAAUUGUACAUUAGAUGAUUCAGAAUUAGAUAAAAAUAAAGUACCACCUACAGAAAGAUCAAAUUCAUCGCCAAUAAAUAAUAGACUGAGUGGUAUUUCAGAUAAAUUCUCUCGUUCGAAAUCACCACAUGAACGUACUAGUAAGACUAUCAUACCAAAGUCAGGAUUAUCAGCAACACCACCACUAACAACAACAGCAACAGCAAUAACGACACCUCUGUCAACCUCUGUAAAAGCUACCACAACUACAAUCAAUUCAGAAUCAAAAUUCCCAACAAAUGCACAAAGUAAAAACAAUCCUGUUAAAUCAUCUAAUCUAAUGAAUUCGGCUAAUACAGGAGAAUCAAAGUUGGAGACAAGUAUGAAUAAUAAUGCAGAGUUUUCUCAGACAAAUGAGCUUGGUUAUACGGCACCAACACCACCGCCAAGACGAAGUAGUCAAAUUACACCAAUGAAUACAGAUGAGGAUACAACUUCAAAGUCUACAUCUUCAAGCAACAGACAAGAAGGUGAUAAAAGUGAAAUAGUUUCACCAGUCUCCAGUAAACGAUUACUUCCAUGGCCAACAAGUGCUGAAGCAAAUGAGAGUGUGACUAGUCCAUGUGAAUAAUACUCCCAUAAUCUUAUCAUGUACUAAUUCUUUCUUUACUGAUAAACUUAUUAAUGUCAUAAUUUCAUUAGAUAUGAUCAUGAAAAUAAUAAUAAUAACACUAAUCGAUUUCUGCAUUGAAUGACACACACAUACACACACACAUAAACACACGAAACAAACCAAGGUGAUAUGUUCUUUCCUGUGUUUUUUUUCUAGUUUUUAUCUACAUUGUUACUCAUAUUGUGUUGAGAAAGUUAACUGUGUGACAAAUUAAUGCUCAAUAAACAUUAGUUACACAGACAUGCGUACAUAUAUACAUCGUAUAAAACUGACAUUUUAGUGGCGAAUAACCUGUGUUCACUCACCCACUCACUCAACCAGUCCGUCACCUACUUACUCUCGUCCUAUCCUUCUCUUCCUUUCUUAAUGCAUCGCCUCUUAUUCUUUUGUCCUUUCCAUCAUAACCUCCUAUUUUUUUUUGUUGUUUAUUUUGGUGCCUACCUCGCGAAUGGACUGUUAUAUAUACAAACCCAGUCGGUGAAUUUUUUUGGACAUGGGAUAUGUUGGUAAAUACUUGGGCAUUUUUCUGUUCGAAAUUGGGUAAAGUAAGAAAAAGUGAGUGAAAUGGGAAAAAGUGGAACAAAUAAACUUUCUGGGACAUAGACAAAUGGGGAAAACAGUGGCCAAUAUGGGCAAACAAGGGUUAAUUAUGUAGCAUUUCACCCUCUUUUUACCAACUUUUUGCUGAUCAAAAUUAUCCACUUAGCCAAGUUUUGCUCAUAUUGACCAGGUGCAUUCUCUGAAUGGGAACAUAUACAUCAACAAAUAUACACAGGCAGAGAGUGAAACAGAAGACAGUGUGAUCUGUUGUAAUUAUCGAUCCAAUAAAAGUAAUAACAUGUGAACUGCACACGGUAAGGCAGAUUGAUGAAUGCCUAUUAAGAUGAUGAUGAUGAUCAUAACAACAGCAGGAAUAAUGAUGAUAAUAAUAAUCAUAAAUAAAUAACAAAAAUAGAGAUUUCAUUUAGAACAUUUGACUACUAAAUGUUCUUACUUCUUCUGUUUUCAUAUCUUUUUCCCCUUUCCAUUGACAUGUUUUGUUCACCCAUCUACCUAUUAAUUCAGAUGUCUGUUUGUAUCUUUUAUCUGACUGAAUUGUUUUGAUACACUCACUGCUGUUUCCUUUUAUCUUUUUCGGUUUCUCAGUCAUUUUUGUUACUUUUCUUUUGUAAAAGCAUUCACUGAAAUAUGAUUGGUCAAUAGUUUUUUUUAAAGAGACCGCUAUUCAUCAACUACUCUGAUUGGCUAGUUGAUUGUUAUGACAAGUUGUCUAUUGAACAACCACUGAAUUCAAUACUCUCAUGGUUUCCGAUUAUAAAUGAGUAACUGGAGAGUAUUUUUAAACUGCUGGUACUAUUAUUACUGCUAAUGUAUUCAAAUGAUUUCAAUCCUUACUUCUACUUAUUCUUUGUCUUUUCGUUUACUCUUCAUUUGUGUACACAUGAUGAUAAGAAGAAAACAAAAUCUUAGAAGAUAUGUUUCUGUUGACCGAAUGAUUUAAUCUGUUUCCCUUUUAAUGUUUAAGUGGGCUUAUUUGUUGCAUUAUAAUUCAGUGUCAAUUAGGGAAAGAUAUACUACACCAUAGUCCAAGCGUGCGAGUACACUUAAGACCUUGAAAUGACCGAUAACGUCAAAAUUAUAGAUUAUGCUGCAAAGUGAAUAUUUUCGCAGAAAAUUUGUUUCUAAAAUUGUUUGAAUGAAAAGCGUUCCCUAAAAUUCAAGUAUGGGACGGCAGUAAGAAGCCAAUACCACAGCCAAAUGCCCUUGAACCGGUCAACCACGUGUUUCUAGAUAAAGAGUAUAUGUACAAGCUUCCAUUGGACUUUUUGAAUGAGAAUGAAUAAUGUGGAUGUUUGACCAUUUACAAUGACAAAUGAUCUGCAAACAUUAUUGGUCCCGUAUCUUUCAUUUGUCUAGUUAAUAACGAAUUAACUUUCCACACAACGCAACCUGGAUUACAUUUGUGGAAUAUACUCUUAUACCAUUGGGAAAGUAUCAAUUUGUAAUACAACGUCACGAUUGUAACUUAUAACAUAACUGAUCGUAUCUGUAAAAAUAGCUUUCUUAUUACCCAGUUUGGAUAUAAAUCAAAAAUCAGAUUCGGAUUUGUACACACCUAAGUUAUAUUGUGGAAUUACUUCAAGCUUUAUUUUUUCCCAAGUAUUUUUAAUCCA